AUGAAUCGGUUAUCCGUCAAAUGGACUCCGAUCGACCCAAACUUUGCUGGCGGUCUGAAUCCUCAAUACAUCGUAUACUGCACGCCGCUCGUUCUCUUUACGUCACGCUCUUACAAUCUCACUACUUCGACUACUUAUGCUGACAUCGGCGGUCUAGAUGCAGAUACGUUGUAUAAAGUCGAAGUGUCCGCUGUGGUUGUUUUGUCUAGAGAAAGAGAACUCGUAGGGCCACGGAGCAGGCCGGUGAUGAUAAGAACAAGUUUGGCAUAUAUUCCUUUUCCAGAGAACGUCGAGGUUGUGCCUCUAGACUGGCGUAGCGCUCGCGUUACGUGGAGAUUGCCAUCCGGUGUAGCUAAUGAUCCCAGUGUGAAUAUCUUUAUCAACGUGUUCAAGCAAAACCAAUUAAUCAGGAGACAUGUUCUUCCUUUUAACCAACGCCACUUAAAUCUUGUGGAUCUAUCACCUAAGACAAUUUAUACUUUGAAGGCAGCAAUCAACAGCUCGAAAGGAAACAGCAAAGGAACCAACGAGACCAUAUUUAAAACUUUUCAUAUGAAUGACUGGAAUUUUACGCUUUUGACUCAUAAUUCUACUUCACUUGGGGUCACAUGGUUGGUGCCAAGGCAGCACAGAACUGUUAAUGCAUCUGUCAGGUUGAUAGUUACGGAACAAACACAUGGAAGCAGAUCAGUCAGCAGCGCAACGAAUGUCGAGAAAUUAGUUGAUAUGUCAAGCGAAGAAGCGGUUCUUAGUGGUUUGCUACCUUGGUACCUCUACAGAGUGCAAUUUAGUGUAUUGUUGUUAAAUAAAACGGAAAUUGAUUUUGGCUACUUUAAUCAAUUCACUGACCAAUCAGCUCCAUCUACAACAAGGAACAUUCGUGUCCUACUUGGUAACGAUCCAUCAGUGGCUCAAGUAUCUUGGGAUGCGCCAAUUUAUCCAAACGGCCAAGUUGGUUAUCGUCUGCGGUAUUACGGCAAUUCAUCUGUUCAUACUUGUUUCGAGGCCCAGGAGCGUGUCGUUGACGUGAUAGACAACCAACAAUGGCUCAUUACAGACUUGAAACCAUUUGAAGAGUACACAGUGCAAGUGACGUCAUAUAAUUUGUUGCACAGCGUUAGCUGUUGUUUAUUAAACGACAGCGAAACAGCGGAUACAUAUACGUUUUGGACGCCAACUUCACGUCUGAAUGCUCCAAAGUCUGUCAGCGUAUUCAGCAACAAGUCUGGUGGAAUAGAAGUACAUUGGGACAGCGAUGGUUGCCUGUAUGACCAACCCGUUUCCGUCUCUGUCUAUUACGCUCCUGUCGUCGUUGCUCGAAAGCAAACGAUCUUUCCUCUCAUCUUCAGCCAUAUCAUCGAUCUGUCAAAAACUCUUCACAAAACAUAUUAUAUUAGUGGAGAAUAUUUGCUAAGAAACAGCACGUACGCAGUUUGGAUUCAACUGGUUGCCGAAGGUAAGCGAGGAUUCUACUCUCAAAUAUUCUACCGAACGUCUCUGCUUACACAUCCACAAGAUGGAGUAUCAGCGUUAUCUGUGUGGAAGCGAACGCCCAUCUCUAUGUCUCUUGAAUGGAAAGUGCCCAGUCAAGAGUCACUCAACGACGAAACGGGAAUCUUCUUCUAUCGCAUCACGUGGCAAUCUCAGUCAAACACGGCUAGCGGCGACUUUGACUAUUACUCUGACAGAACAAAUCCUAACCGCUCUCUCAGUGACCGUUACACCGUUAGAGAUCUCCAACCAGCAAAUCUUUAUGAACUAUGUAUGUAUGUUGCAACCAUCGACAGACAGAACGGAAACGUACUGUUGGGACCAUCACAAUGUGUGAACGAUUCUACUGACUUUCUAAAACCUUCUGAUGGCUUUUUCAACUUGUGGUUAUUGGGAUGUCCAAGUGCAUCAUCGCAUUCAACAAUAUCUUGGAACUUAAACGAACAAAAACAACCCGGACCGAUCAGUAGGCAAAACAUAACACUUAAAUACAGCUCAACAGAUGAACUAGAUCCAGCAGUUUUAUCCUGUUGGAGAAGAGCUCCAGUGAACGCUACGUGUGAGAGCUCAUCCGCUUUACACAUUCGUUUUUGCUGGUGGAUGGUACCAGACGUCAAAGCGUUUUGCAACAUAUCAGGACUGCAGGCUUACACUCUUUACACGUUUCAAAUAAGAGCGUGUAAUGCCAAAGGAUGCGAUGCAAAAUCAGUAAAAGAUAGAACAUGUCCUGACAUUCCAUCACCAUCGAUACCACUUGACUGUCAAAUGACAUCAAAUUCGAACGCGUCCUUUUCAACUUUGUUGUGGAAGAAAGGACGAAGCAACAGUCAAUCUGUUAAUAUUACUCUCAUGUGGAUUAAUGACGAUCUUCGUUCUGACCGUUCGUUUUCUCUCGACGGCUCAUCACUAAAACCUCUUAAUGACGACGAUCCCAUUCAUUGUUUGUCACAAGAUGACAUAGUCAACUGUACCAUACGACAAGUGACUGUAGAUCACCGCUACCGGUUUAGGAUCAUUUCUGUCAACGAAAUUGGAAAUUCUACUAGUCAAUCUCAAUAUUGCGGCUAUUUAUCAUCAAAUUCUAAUGAAGAAACAUUUACAUUCUGGGUAGUUCCCAUUUCUGUUGUUACCGCGCUUCUUAUCGUCUCCACAACUUUAGUUGCCUUGUAUUACAUUUAUCGUUGGAGACCAAAGAAAGUGCUAGAAAGAGAAUUGGACGACGACGGUUUGCGGAGAGUCGAACUCCAACGCGACAAUCUAGACUUACCAGAAGACACCGAGAAACUUGGAUCAGGGGCAUUCGGCUGCGUGAUGAUGGGAUGGAUAUGCUCCCACGAUGAAAAUAUACGAGUGGCUGUCAAACAACUACAAACAAACACUAGUUAUGACUUGAAAAGUGACUUCAUUAGAGAAGCAAAGAUUUCGUUGCGUGUCGAUCACGUGAACGUCGUACGCUUGCUGCACGUCUGCUCUCAAGACGAACCUUAUCUUAUGAUUAUGGAAUACGUCAAUAGGGGAAAUCUAAACCGACUACUCAAAAUAUUGAAACCAAAAACAGCAGAGAAUUUUGCAUCAACGUUUGCUGCUCUUAAAUGCGACCUUCUCCAUCAGAUUGCAUGCGGUCUUCAAGCGGUCAGCAAACAGAAUAUCAUUCAUCGCGAUAUCGCAGCCAGAAACUGCUUGAUUCACGAAGAAGGUGAAAGACUGGUUGUCAAAGUAAGCGAUUUCGGAAUGGCUGUCGUCAUCGACGAAGAAUUCAGAGAAGUUCGAAUGAGAAAGGGACAAGGAAACGUACCGUUUCGCUGGAUGAGUCCGGAGGCUUCGUACGAAAGGCGAUACAGCGAGAAAAGCGACGUGUGGUCGUUUGGUGUUCUCUGCUGGGAAGUUUAUAGUUUUGGUUUGACGCCAUACUGUUGGCUGUCAAACACUGACCUAUUUCGCUAUAUUUCUAAUCGCCUCCCUCUACCUCCUCUACCAUUUCUCAUCACUACCGAGGUAGGAAAUACUCUUCUCAUUCCAAUGCAAGAGCAAGAGUUGCCGUUCGAUUGCUGGAAGAUUGACGUCGAUCAACGUUCUUGUUUUGACGACGUCGUCAAUACGUUGGAUCGUACAUUGAGUGCUUACGGAAAUGCGCUGGACGACGACCUGGCUACUGCUAAAGAACUGAUGCUAGCUGGUGUCGUAGCAGACGAUGAGGUCAAGGACACGGCACUGUAAUUGACUUUACCAUGAAUGAGGAACACCAUCUUGCGCAAUACAAUAGCGCAAUAGUUCUGUUUGGACGCCUGUCCACGUAAUGGUACGAUUAUUAUAGUUUGAUGGUGAUAUUAAUAGUUUUAACUGUUCGGGUAGUGCUGGGUAUAUACGGGAUUUUAUCAUAUCUCGCAUGGGAGUAGGAAGCAUGCAGUUCGGCAGGUUGGACAUUCGCCGGACUAUUUCUUGAAACGUCAUUUUAUGAGCGGGUUUGCUGUAAGCUUUCGGGAUGCAGUAUAGCUGAUUAAAUAUAUUACUUUAUGU